AUACUGUAUGGUGUGUAUGGUGUCUUUUUUUGUUUGUUUUUUUUCUCGACCUUAUCGGAGGGGCUGAAGUCAUGCUCGGAUGGAAUAACAUUUUUUUACGAGGUGUACAUGAACGCAGCACAGUUCCCAAGGAGAAAGCCGCAAAGAAAGAGGUCGCGUGAAAGACAGGCUCCUCCGCGUAAAAAAACAAACAAACCUCAAAACAAAACAAAAACCCGCUUCUUAAUUUAAUUUAUUUUAUUUAUUUUGCUUAAAAAAUUUAAAUGUGGGCUUGCUGGCAGGAGCGGCUGUGUUGUCCAACCUGCUUGGCGGCGAGCCUGCUCCCCACGCUGGACGGACGCGAAAGAAGGGAACCUGCCAAGCUGCUCGCCUGCCUGCCUGCCUGCUGCCAUCCGCCUCACGCGAUGGAGGUGACGGAGCCCAACUAAUCCACCGAGCUUCCAGAAGAGGUGCAUUGUGGGAUGCGAGUCACCGAGGCGCCAGAGGAGGAGGAGGACCGCAGCGGAACCCUGGAGGCCAGAUGAAAAAAAAUUCAUCAUGAGGCCUGUCGACUGUAAGUGUGAGGGACCCUCACCCAGGCCUUGCCAGAUGUGAGGCCUUCACCAACAUGUGACCACCACCCCUUCACUACCACACCCUCUAGCAGCCCACCACCUGGCCACCGCCCCUUGGAGAUGGAACCCUGCGUCUCCCACCUGCCCCCGUCCGCAAACCCCCUUUCCGCCUUCCCCCGGCACCGAGUCUCCACCCACUAUCCCGGACAACAGUGGUUCCCGCUGGCGUCUCGGUGUAACAGCAGCACCUUUCUGUCUAACUUGAGGCACAGCCCCGGUCAGGCGGGCCCCGCAGGGACAAUGCCGGGAGUUUCUCUGGACGUCCCGAUGGGGGGGCGGCCGUACCGGAGUAUGGAGAAUCUGAACUGGAACCCGGUACUGGAUUCAGGUCUGUGCUCAUCCAGUGAGUUUAUUGUGCGCUACAUGGCCACCAGUCACUGGUAUGACGGGCCCCCGGAUGGGUCCAACCCGGAAAGCCUGGCAUACUACCCCCGACAUGGUCCCCACAGGAAGGAUGUACCAAUUUUCCCACAGUUGCUUUUCCCCAGUCGGGUGGACGAAUGGGACGCCAGGAAAGGUCUGAGGGAAAAGCUUCGCCUCCAGAGUGCACGGUCGGCAGUGGAGCCUUUGAAGACUGUUCCCCUGCGAACCACGGACUCCGCCCCUGUUGAACUGAACCCAGGGUGCCGGCCGGCCGGCAGCAUGCGUCCCGCCUGCCCCCAGGAGAUCAAACAGGAAGUCUUGAGGAGACUUCAACUGCGACGGCAGAACAGCAGCCCCAACCUAGCUCUCCACGGGGCCCCGCACAGCCCAAAAGUGCUCCCGGUGUCCCGCACAGCGGGCCCCAUUUUGGGAGCCGAUAACGGACCCCUGCAAAGCGGUCCUGUGGGACGUCUGUAUAUCCCCACCUUUGAGGAGUUCAAGAGGAUGAGGAUGAAAGAGCAGAACCAGGAGUCCACAGCAGGUUCUGAGGACUCCGGUCCCCAACGGGCAGGGACUCCCUCCUCCGGAACGGGUUCUCCGAUCCGCACAGGCCCCUCUGCGCGGCCCCCACUGCAAGCGUCUUCAAGCCAGGGAGGAACCGGUGAUAAUGGCCGGCGUAGGAGGUGCAGUCUGGAACCGGUCGGGUCGGUUCUGCUCCGGGCCAGCAGGGACCACGGAGGGCGGCCCUCCAGUUGCUGCCCCGCACUGCUCCUGGAGGGAACGGACCUGUCCAGCUACGGCGCCAAGAUCUACAAAAUGAAGGAUGGCCUCAUUGGCUCAGCUCUGGACCUCAUCAAGAAGAGCUGCAGUGCAGACAUCUCCUCCGAGGCCCCCGUCAGGCUGUCAGCUGAGCGGGACAGAGACGCCCCCGACACCCCACCCUGGCCCCCCGCCGCCGUCGCCAUGGCAACCACGGCAGGAGCCGAGGCUGGCCACCAGACACCCGCUGCAGAAGAAGAGGACGAAGAAGACGGCGAAGGCGAGGAAGCGGGAGAAUGCCGGCCGGGGUUCUGCCGGCGUUCCAGCUCAGACGCUACGUAUGAGCAGUCGCAGGCGGCUGUACCAGAGUGUGCGUGCGAGCGGUCACAGACAGACGGCGAGCGCCGCCUGCGACCGCACCACCGCAACCCCAUGCCGGCUGAGGCGUCCAAUCGCAAACAGCUGGAGAUGAAGGCGAAGAUGGAGAACGCGCCGCAGGGACGACGUCAUCGGAGGGAGAGAGACAGUGCCCCGGCGGCUCUUCGCGGGCACUCGGAGCCGCCCGGCGAGGAGCGCCCGGCGGGCUCGGCCCACCACAUGGCUUCGGACGACCGGGGGGGCCGCGGCCGACAUCACCGCUGGAGCACCAUCAGCAGCCUGAGCGCCGACAGCGGCGUGGUGGGCCUCAGCGAGGAGGACGACAACGGCGCCGAAGUGGAGCGGGCCGACAGCGGCAUCGGACCGGGCCUCUCGCGAGCCUGGAAGAGACCGUCGUUAUGCGCCGACUGCGGCUGGCGGGACGACGCGUCGGAGGGCAGUGGCGCGUGCGAACGUUGCGCCAAAUUGCGGGCCGAGCGCAAGGAAGCCGUGUUGGAGUUCCUGAAUACGGAGAGCAGUUACGGCGAGGACCUGAGGAUCAUCAAGGAGGAGUUCUACGGGCCCAUGCGCGGCGCCGGCUUGCUGAGCGCCGAGCAGCUGGCCGUGGUGUUCGCCAACGUGCAGGAGCUGGCGGACGUCAAUGAGAGAUUCACGGAACAUCUGCAGGACGCCAUCGAACACGCGCUGGACCAGGGAGACGAGGAUCUGCUGACGGUGUCCGUGGGCGAGAUCUUCCUGGAGUUCGUCAACAUGCUGCCGGCCUUCCAGACGUACUGCCUGCAGCAGUCCGCCUCCGUCAACAUGCUCAACGCGCUGGAGAAGGAGAAGGAACUGCUCAGGAUCUUCUUGGACGUCUCCCAGAACGACAACACGGCGUUGCGUCGCAUGAACCUUCGCUCGUUCCUUAUGGCACCUCUCCAGCGCGUCACCAAGUACCCUUUACUCCUCAGCCGCCUGCUCAAAGUCACCCCGGAGAAGCAGCCCGAAUUCGGGCGCCUUCGUGAGGCCAAGAGCCGCGUGGAGGCCCACCUGGAGCACAUUAACACCAAGACCAAACAGCAGGACGGCAACGGCGUGGCCUCCUGGUCCCUGCGCUCCUUCCGCCGCGACAGCCGCAAAAAUCGCGAGCCGGUGGACGCGGAAAUGCGCGAGGCGUCCAUCAGGACCCUGGGGUGGACCCGGGAGGACACCCGCUUCGUCAUGGAGGGUCCCUUGCAGCUUUCCCAGCCGGCCGACGGCCAGUGGGUGAAGAAGGGAAGCAAGGCUCUCAAGUUCCAAAACGUCCAGACUCUCCUCAUGGUGAGGACGCAGCAGCCCGGUGGCGGGGAGCGGGCAUGCGAAGCGGGAGAAAGCGUGCAAGACGGAGUUUUGGUUCUGAUCAAAGACAAAAGCAGCGGGAAGUUCGCCGUGAUGCGCGAGCCCAUCCGCCUGGCCAACUGCGUGGUGUCCAUGGACCCAGAGUGCCAGGAUACCUUCGAGGUUCUGGAUAUCUGGCGGGAGGCUUUUGUGUUCCGGGCGGCGGACAAGUCCCGGACACACAACUGGUUCCACCACAUGAAGCGCUACGCUCGCGAUUUGGGAGCCUGGCGCAAGAGACGCAACGCUUUGCCCAACAUCAUGAUCAACACCAAUCAGAGUCGAUCCUGAGAGACGCCAAGACUGCAGACCGCCCCAAAACUGCAAUGAGACCCCAUACUGCUGCCGCCUCGCCCAAACCCCAAAAAACGCUGCUCCAUGAACGGGAAGCACUUUUUUUUUUUUUUUUUUUGGUUUCUUAAAGGGCGCCACGGUGGGUGACUGGUUGGCACUUCUGCCUCACAGUUCUGAGGACCGGGGUCAAAUCUCGGCGCCGCCUGUGUGGAGUUUGCAUGUUCUCCCUGUGCCUGCUUGGGUUUUCUCCCGGCACUCCGGUUUCCUCCCACAUCCCAAAAACAUGCAUGGUAGCAAGUUGAUUGGAGACUCUAAAUUGCCCGUAGGUGUGAAUGGUUGUUUGUUUCUAUGUGCCCUGCGAUUGGCUGGCGACCAGUUCAGGGUGUACCCCGCCUCCUGCCCGAUGAUAGCUGGGAUAGGCUCCAGCACGCCCGCGACCCUAGUGAGUAUAAAGCGGUACGGAAAAUGGAUGGAUGGGUUUCUUAAAGUUAUGGAUGCAGUAUUGAGUAUUGCAGUCACAUUGAAAAGGGAAAAAAAAUCUACUUACGAAAAUUGUAUUUUAAUGAGAAAAUAGUCCGUGUUCAAGAUUUAAUGAGAAAAAGUUUAGUCGUUUGAGGAAAGACAUCUAAUCAUGAGAUUUAAUUUUGGGGAAAAAAAUACAAAUGUAUUGCUGAUUUAUUUUAGAUAAUGUAAAUUUUUGUUUUAGAUGAAAAACUAAAUUUCUUUGUCAGAUUCUUUGCAAAUAAAGUGAAAACAUUUUUAGACAAGUUUUUUGAUGAAGUGAGAUUUCUUUUCUAUAAAAAAUCAGAUUUUUUGAUAAAUCUAAAUUAUUCAUUUUAAACGUAAAAUCUUAAUUUUUUUUUUUAAUAAGUCAGAUUUUUUUAAUUAAAAAAUUCAGAUUUUGCUUUAGAUGAAAAAGUGAGAUUUUGUGUGAUAUCCUAGAUACAAAUUUUUAUUUUUUUUUAUGAAAAGUUAGAAUUUCUUCAAUAACAUGGUUUUCCCCCAAAAUUGUUUUAGAUAAUCAGAUGUUUUUGUCUUUUUUUUUUUUUUUAAUGAAGUCUGAAUUAUUUUUUUAAACAAGUCAGAUUUUGUUAAAGAUUUGUUUCUUUUUUAAAAAGUCCGAUUUUUCUGAUAAACCCAAUAUUUUAGAUUAAAUAUAUAUUUUUUGCUUGAUAAAAAAAUAUGACUUCUAAUAAUUUUUCCAAAAUAAAAUACAACUUUCACAUACUACUUUUUCCUGAAAAUACACUUUUUUUAAUAGAUUUUUCUUAAAUUACUUUAUCUUGAAGAAAUACGACUCCUCACAUAAAAUGACAACUUUCGUCUUGUAGUAUUUUUUUUCUUUUCAUUGUGGCUCUAAUACUCUGUGAUAAAUCACUGAAUCAAAAUGUGGAGGGUUUAAAAUAAUCAAAAGACAUGGAAAACCAAAAAAAAAAAAAAUAAUAAUAAUUGUGGGCUGUCUGUCACCCAUGAUUGUAAAGACUUUAUUUUUUUCAUGUCUGUUGGGGAAAAACGAUUGAACAUGAGAACAUUUAAUUUUUUACAGAGACUUGGGAAUAACUGGAUUUUACAGAGCUUUGUGUUUAAUGGUCCCCUCUGUCUUUUUUCUGUGCGUAACCACCACCUAGUGCACUCUGGCAGCGGCGCAACUGCCACAGACAAGUAAUCUGCAAUUACAGCAAUAAGCGGUCAUACGAGUAGACGCUUUCUGUCCCGACAUCUCACCUCGUUGUUCACGCUCCCGUGGAGUCCCGUUUUGUCGAGUCGUCAUUUCACGCAGCCCAUCAAAGCGGUUUAUUUUUUCCUGACUUUUCCACAGCUCGCGGUCUUCUAUGGUACCCUGCAGGGAUGGGGAGUUGAAGUCGACACUUUGAAGACUACCCAUCAAAACUUGUUUUUGCUCAGGUUGUGUCUAAGGUAUGCGUGAGGGACGGGUGAAAGUUGAAGUCGACCCUUUCAUGUCGACUUCCCGGCAAAUUGGCACAUCGGAGGCCGAACGGUUGAAAAUAGCCGUUACGGCUUUUGCACAUUGAGAUACAGUAAUUACAUGUUAGUGUUUUGCGUGUUGGCUGUUAAAUGAGCGAGUACCGAUACCGGCCAUAUUUCAGGGUAUCAGGUACUUGUGAGGGCUGCCAAUACCAGCCACUCGAACUUAAGGCAAAACAAUCUGACAUCAAGUAUGUCCUCCUCCCCACUGGUUGCAGCGGUUUGACACAUCGGUAAAUCAUCAUGUGCGUCAGAAAGAAAGACAAGUCUUCAAUCAAAUGAUCUCGUGUUCAUUUCAAUUGUAUGCAUCAAAUGUACUCGUGGUACUGGUAUCGGUCUGGGAAAAAAGGUGUUCGCAAACAUCUUUAUAGUUAGUGUUAAACUUCACUCAACCUCUUCAGCCCAGCGCACACAGAGUGACGUGGCCGAAAGCCACUCGAUUGUUGCGAGCUUCAGCAGCUGGUUUUGCUUGAAUCGCCAGUACACUGCGUCGCAGCGUGCUGAUGUAACAGCCAAUCAAAAAUGCACGAGCGUUCACAAGGGAGAAAAAAAAAAAAAAAAGGGAGUUUUGGAGGUUUCACAAUUAAUUGACAACUAAUCAAUUAUCAAAUUUAUCGACAACUAUUUUGAUAAUUGAGUAAUCAUUAAGAGCCAUUGUUUAACUUAAAAUUGUCAAAAUCUUUUGACUUCAGCCUCAGCAGUAUUUCUGUAGACCUCCAUGAAAGCAGACCAUCUUUUGUGUUGAAUCAAAAUAAGACAUCUGCUUUUACUUUGGAAACCAAACCAGUAACUGAAUCCUAAUCAAUUUAUGGGGGUGGGGAAAUUGGGAGUUUAACCUAUGAUGGAAAUAAUGGCUAUUUGCUGCUGUCAUAUUAUAAACGUCUAACUGACAUGUAGCUGAACCGGAAGCGGCCUCAGAAGCGGAUAUCAAACUAGUAGCCCUUUGUUCAUGUUUAUCAGUAGCCCAAGAAGUAGCUCUUGGUGUCAAAAAGUACAUCACUCCCUCUCGUGUCAUGUUGUUUCAUCAUUAAACAAUACCAAAUAAUAAUUAGUUAAUAAACAGUAAUCAGAAGGAAAAAAAAAAGUUUCCACUGUACUUGCACCCAAAGUUAAAUUAUUAGAUUAAUAAAUUGGACUACUUGAAAGAAUUGAUUCUAAAAAUAUUCGACAGUGACAGCCCUCCCGGGUUUUAAACGUGAGGGAGACCCAGCAGCAAGGUACAAAUACAGCAUGUUGUACAAUAUUAACGAUGAAAAAAAAGCAACACGUGAUGAAAAUCCACAGCUACAGUCAGCGAAUGAGGCGUUCGAUCAUUGCCAACAGCCUCUCAAAUCAUCCAAACUCUUCUUAUUCUCUCCAGUUUCCUCGUUUGUGUCCACACACACCAUGUUUUUGCAGUUCAAUAAAAAAAAUAAUAACAGUAUAAUGUAUGUGGAGCCUCAAAACCCCGAUACAAGACACUGUGAUGUUUGUGCGGUGACAGCGAAGACUGUCAUUUUUUUUUUUUUUUGCGAUGGCAAUGAAAUUGCCGCAUUGGAGAUGUUACGGUAGAGCCGGCGUUGAUUCAGUUAUCCCUUUCGUGAUUCCCGAAGCGGGGCAUUGUCAUAUGGGACAAUUGCUUUCAACACAAAGGGAUCUUGAGUAGUGAGUGUCAGGGAUUAAAAUUCAAACACACACUGAUACAUUUGCAGGGUUGAUUUCUUCCUCCUACCGGGUUGGUACCUGACACAUUGGAAAGCGAGCUGGGUAAAAGCCAGCUUUGUUGGCCGGCGUGAAAGGCAACGAGGACCCCAUCUAUGGUCUGAGCGGACGUGCCUUGCCUCUAGUUUCAGCCUUUGGACAGACUUAGACUGCCCCUUGUUUGCCCCCCCCCUUUCGCCCCUACAGGCAAUACUUGUCACGUCCUGAGUGGCGAGAGCGUUAUUUCGUUAAAAGCACUUUAUCCAGCGACGAGAGUGGACGCCAAAGCGUAAUAUUCCGAUGGAGUUUGUGUAGCGGAUCACUGUGUACACCAACAUGACUGUGCUCUUUUUCUGCUGUAUUAUUUCCACAUGUAAUAUAUUGUCAAUCAUAUUAAAACAUUUCCAACUGAGGCUUUUUGGUGCACGUGCGCACCAUUAAGAAAGAGUGCCGA